GUGUGGUGCCGGCGGCCGCGCCCAGCGGCUCCUCGGGGCCGGUGCCCGGCGAGGAUGGCGGCCUUCAAGCGCAGCCGCGCGCAGGCCUGGCCGGAGGAGCGGGGCGACCGGGAGCACGGCCUCUACAGCCUGCACCGCAUGUUCGACAUCGUGGGCACCCACCUGACCCACCGCGACGUGCGCGUGCUCUCCUUCCUCUUCGUGGACGUCAUCGACGACUACGAGCGGGGGAUGAUCCGCAGCGGCCGGGACUUCUUGCUGGCGCUGGAGCGGCAGGGCCGCUGCGACGAGACCAACUUCCGCCAGGUGCUGCAGCUGCUGCGCAUCAUCACGCGCCACGACCUGCUGCCCUACGUCACCCUCAAACGGCGACGGGCCGUGUGUCCGGACCUGGUGGACAAGUACCUGGAGGAGACAUCCAUCCGCUACGUGACGCCCCGGGCUCACGGCGACGCGGAGCACGGCCUCGGCCACCCCCACAAAUCAGUGCCUCCCCACCACCCCGUGGUCUGCUGCUCCUCGGCGGGGCCGCAGAUCUGCACCAAGAGGCCCGGCCGCGGCAGGGCCCCCCUCGGCAGCCAGCGCAAGCGGAGGAAGUCGGCGACGCCGGACCCGAAGGAGAAGCAGACCUGUGACAUCCGCCUGCGAGUCCGAGCCGAGUACUGCCAGCACGAGACGGCGCUGCAGGGCAACGUCUUCUCCAACAAGCAGGACCCCCUGGAGCGCCAGUUCGAGCGCUUCAACCAGGCCAACACCAUCCUCAAGUCCCGGGACCUGGGCUCCAUCAUCUGUGACAUAAAGUUCUCAGAGCUCACCUACCUCGACGCCUUCUGGCGCGACUACAUCAACGGCUCGUUGCUGGAGGCCCUCAAGGGCGUCUUCAUCACGGACUCGCUCAAGCAAGCCGUGGGCCACGAAGCCAUCAAACUGCUGGUCAAUGUGGACGAGGAGGACUACGAGGUCGGGCGCCAGAAACUCCUGAGGAACUUGAUGCUGCAGACGGCCCCCUGACGCCCGGCUGCCGGUGGGAUCCGAGCUUUUCUUCUCUCCUUUUGUUUUGUUUUGUUUUUUAAGAUCGCCGACCGCCCCUGCUGGACUCCCGCCUGCCUGGGUGCGGCCGCGGGGCCCGGCGCCGUGCGAGGAGCUGGGCCGGAGCCGGGAGCCGCAGGGAGCGCCGGAGGCUUUCGUGUCCUCACCCCCUUUCCUGUCCUGUCACUUCUCUCUUGCUUUGUUUCCUUUUUCUCUUUUAUUUUGUAUCCAUUAAAAAAACAAAAAAGGCAAAAA